AUGCCCGUCUAUCAUAUUGUUCUCUUCAAGCUGAAGCAAGGCGUCAAGCCUGAGCAGAUUGCUCAAAUGAGCACGCUAGCUAAAGGCAUGGUCGGUCAGAUACCUGGUCUACGCAAGCUCGACUUCGGUGGGCCAUUACCGGUCACUGCAGGUCGAGGCAAAGGCUACGAUAUGGGUAUCGUGGCCAUCCUAGACAAGCCAGACGAUGUCACGGUCUAUGCGCAGCAUCCUGCGCACCAGGAGUAA